GGGACAGAGAGGUUAGCGCCCCCAAAGCUAGCGAGUUCGCGCAGGGUUAUCCAUCCCCGCUAAGGCUGGCUUUUUAGCCGAUUAUCUGGACGUACUUGCGCCUAAUCAUCUCUCGCUGAGGUCGGAGCACAGCAAGGCGGUUAGCCCCGCGCGGAACCAAGCUAGCGAAUGCCGGAGGGGCGCGUGCUUGCCGCCGUUAGCGGAGGUUAGUGUAGCAAUGAAAGCUAACGGGAUCAUCCAUGCAGAGCAUCAUCAAGCUAGCAACGAGGAGCGCACGUUCACGGAGACGGAGGAGCUGCUCGCGCGGUCGCUUAGAGCCUCCCAGGAUUAAUGCGAGCGCCCGUGGCUCUAACUAACCCUUCUGCGGAGAAUUCACAACAUGGAAGGAAGGAUGGAGACGAGCAUUUAACCGCUUUACAUUCAUUCAGCAUCGCUACGAGCUGAAACACACACUCACACUGAAGCGUCUAAGGUAGCGACUAACUGGACGGACUCUCUGGCAAUCGACCCUUUUGCAGUGGAUUAGUGGAAUAAGUCUUGAACCAUGAGCUCAGUGGCUGUGUUGACCCCGGAGAGCUUUGCGGAGCAUCGCAGUGGUCUUAAGGACCAGGAAAUAACAGGCUGCGUCCCUGAAGAUGAGGCCUACAUCCCCACCUACCUGGAGGCCUUCCCCCCGCUGCCGGAGAAAGGCACACCGGGGGAGAAGACCGGGGAGCCGGCUUCAGCGUGGGGAAGCAAGAUCAGACCCAUCAAAGCCUCAGUUAUCACACAGGUGUUUCAUGUGCCGCUGGAGGAGCGCCGCUACAAGGACAACAGCCAGUUUGGGGAAGGAGAGGAGGCUAAGGUGUGUCUGGACAUCAUGCAGCGGACUGGAGCGCACAUCGAGCUGUCGCUGGCGAAGGACCAAGGCUUGUCCAUCAUGGUUACCGGAAAACUGGAUUCUGUCAUGAAGGCUCGCAAAGAGAUCGUGGCUCGUCUGCAGACGCAGGCGUCAGCCACGGUUGCCAUUCCUAAAGAGCACCAUCGAUUUGUCAUCGGUAAGAACGGCGAGAAGCUGCAGGAGCUUGAGCUGAAGACCGCCACCAAGAUCGCUAUUCCACGACCCGAGGACCCGAGCACCAGCAUCCGCAUCACAGGCACCAAGGAGGGCAUCGAGAAGGCUCGCCAUGAGAUCCUGCUGAUCUCUGCUGAGCAGGACAAGCGUGCCGUGGAGCGUCUGUCCCUGGAGAAGGCCUUCCAUCCCUUCAUCGCAGGCGCCCACAACAGGCUGGUGCAGGAGCUGAGCCAGGAGACGGGCGCCCGCAUCAGCAUCCCGCCGCCGAGCUUGCCGAAGGACGAGAUCGUCAUCACAGGAGAGAAGGAGGCCGUGGCGCUGGCGGUCAACCGCAUCCGCGCCAUCUAUGAAGACAAGAAGAGGAAGACCACGACCAUCUCUGUGGAAGUGAAGAAGUCUCAGCACAAGUACAUCAUCGGUCCAAAAGGCAACACGCUGCAGGAGAUCCUGGAAGCCACUGGAGUGUCGGUGGAAAUGCCUCCGCUGGAUUCCAGCUCAGAAACCAUCAUCCUAAGAGGGGAGCCCGACAAACUGGGACCCGCGCUCACCCAGGUCUAUGCUAAGGCAAAGAGUGUAAUGGUGGUGGAGGUGAGCGCCCCCGCGUGGUUACAUCGCUUCAUCAUCGGCAAAAAAGGGCAGAAUAUCGGGCGGAUCACGCAGCAGCUGCCACGAGUUCACAUCGAGUUCACGGAUGGAGAGGAGCGCAUCAGUCUGGAGGGGCCGACAGAGGAGGUGGAGCAGGCUCAGGUCCAGAUCCAGGAGAUCAUCAAGGACCUGCUGGUGAGGAUGGACUACACUGAAGUCAUUAUAGACCAGCGCUUUCACAGACACCUGAUCGGCAAAAGCGGAGCCAACAUUAACCGGAUCAAGGAGCAGUACAAAGUUUCCGUGAGGAUCCCGCAGGACUCUGAGAGAAGCAACCUGAUCCGGAUCGAAGGCGACCCCAAAGGGGUGCAGCUGGCCCGGCGGGAGCUCAUCGAGAUGGUCCAGAGAAUGGAAAAUGAGCGCACCAAAGACCUGAUCGUGGAGCAGAAAUUCCAUCGGACAAUCAUUGGACAGAAGGGAGAAAAGAUUAAGGAAGUUCGGGACAAGUUUCCUGAAGUCAUUAUCAAUUUCCCCGACCCGUCACAGAAGAGCGACAUCGUCCAGCUGCGCGGGCCGAAGAACGAGGUGGAGAAAUGCGCAAAGUUCCUGCAGAAGAUCAUCGCAGACCUGAUCGAGAACAGCUUCUCGCUCUCCGUUCCCAUCUUCAAGAAGUUUCAUAAGAACAUCAUCGGGAAGGGCGGCGCCAACAUCAAGAAGAUCCGGGAGGAGACCAACACCAAGAUCGACCUGCCGACGGAGAACAGCAACUCGGAGAUGAUCGUCAUCACAGGCAAGAAGGUCAACUGUGAGGCGGCCCGAGAUCGAAUCCUCGCCAUUCAGAGAGAGCUGGCCAACAACAAGGAGACGGAGGUCACCAUUCCCGCUAAGCUCCACAACUCCCUGAUUGGCUCCAAAGGCUGCCUCGUGCGCUCCAUCAUGGAGGACUGCGGCGGUGUCCACAUCCACUUCCCCUCUGAGGGCUCCGGCUCAGACAAGGUCACCAUCAAAGGCCCCGCCGACGAAGUGGAGAAAGCCAAGAAACAGCUGCUGCAGCUGGCGGAGGAGAAGCAAGUGAACAACUUCACUGCGGAGCUGCAGGCCAAACCGGAGUACCACAAGUUCCUGAUCGGGCGAGGCGGGGCCAACAUUCGCCGCGUGCGAGACCGGACAGGAGCGCGCAUCAUUUUCCCGUCACCCGACGACACGGAGCAGGAGCUGAUCACCAUCGUGGGGAAAGAAGAGGCCGUCCGUCAGGCCCAGAGAGAGCUGGAGACGCUGGUCAAAAACCUGGAUGACGUGGUGGAGGACAGCAUGGAGGUGGACGUUCGCCACCACCGCCACUUUGUGUGUCGGAGAGGUCAAGUGCUGCGGGAGCUGGCUGAGGAGUACGGCGGCGUGGCCGUCAGCUUCCCUCGUACCGGCGCCAACAGCCAGAAGGUCACCCUGAAGGGAGCCAAGGACUGUGUGGACGCAGCCAAGAAACGCAUUCAGGAGAUCAUAGAGGACCUGGAGUCCCAGGUGAGUGUGGAGGUGGCCAUCCCUCAGCGCUACCACCGCGCCGUCAUGGGGCCCAAAGGCUGCCGCAUCCAGCACAUCACCCGAGAGCACGAGGUCCAGAUCAAGUUCCCCGAGAGAGACGACAGCGCUGCAGGUCAGGAAGCUUUGGGGCAGGAGAACGGAGACGCCAGUCUGGAAAGCGAGUUUGUUCCCCGCAGAUGUGACAUCAUCACCAUAUCUGGACGGGCAGAGAAGUGUGAAUUGGCUAAAGCGGCUCUGCUGGCGCUGGUGCCCAUAACGGAGGACGUGGAAGUGUCCUACGAGCUUCACCGCUACAUCAUCGGACAGAAAGGCAGCGGGAUCCGGAAGAUGAUGGAAGAGUAUGAGGUGAACAUCUGGGUGCCGCAGCCUGAGAAGCAGCUGGACAUCAUCAAGGUCACGGGCCUCGCCGCCAACAUGGAGCGGGCCAAACAGGGUCUGCUGGAGAGGGUGAAGGAGCUGCAGGCCGAGCAGGAGGACCGGGCUCUGCGUAGCUUCAAGGUCACCAUGUCCGUAGAUCCUAAGUUUCAUCCCAAGAUCAUCGGUCGCAAAGGAGCCGUCAUCUCCCAGAUCAGAAAGGACCACGACGUUAGCAUCCAGUUCCCUGAUAAAGGAGACGAGCAGCAGGACCUGAUCGUCAUUUCGGGGUACGAGCGUAACGUGGAGGAGGCGCGCCAGGCGAUCCAGCAGCUGGUGGCCGAGUUGCAGGAGAUGGUGAGCCAGGACAUCCAUCUGGACCCGAGGACCCACGCUCGCAUCAUUGGCGCCCGGGGGAAGGCCAUCCGCAAGCUGAUGGAGGAGUUCAAGGUUGACAUCCGGUUCCCCCAGCCGGGUUCCGACGAGCCCGACAGAGUGACGGUGACGGGUCUUCCGGACACCGUUGGCUCCGCUAUCGACCACCUGCUCAACCUGGAGGAGGAAUACAUGCUCAGCGUGACGGAGACGGAGACCUUAGCGGCGUACAUGAAGCCUCCGUCUCGCUACGGAGGGGGCGGGGGGAUCGGGAUGGACGACAGUAGCGGAGGUCCGGCUAAGGGCUUUGUGGUGCGGGACGCUCCCUGGAACGCAGCCGGGAACAAGGCUCCUGAUGUGAGCAGUGCCGAGGAUUUCCCCACUUUCGGGACUAGCGUAGCCCCAAAGCAGACGUCCGCCUGGGGUCCAAAGAAGUUCUGAAGCUCUUCACGAGAAGAAAAAAACAAACAAAAAAACAACCUUCUGUAAAUGGGACAGAAAUCUUGAAUCAAAUUGCUGCUCGCCUCUCCCCGCCCCUCCCGUCUCUUUAGCGUCCGUUUCGUCUCUUUUCAGUUCCGCUCUCCUACAACCAGCCACCGUGAAUUCUGGGAGAACUGCCCCUCCUCCCUACUGUCCUUUAUCUGUCCUCUCUUCCUGUCGCAAUGGUUCUGCUUACGCCUCGUGGUCGCACCACCGGUUCUGUUCCUGAAAGCCCGUCUCUAGCCCUUUGAUAGGAAGCGUUUUCAUUGAUCCGACUGAUGACUCGGGGAAGUGAGCGGCGGGCGUGGGUCGGCGGUACGUUUUUCACUUGCCUUCAGCAGGUGAAGGUUCGCUCACCCUGAACCUCGUUUUGAAUUUACUUCAGAGCUGGAGGCAAAAGCAGCUGCUGUUAACAGAAGAAGAAAAACUUCUUUAAUGACUUUUAUUUAUUAAUUUAUAGGAAGGAUUUGCUUUCUCUGACCUCAGAUCUGCUGGCGUUACCUUUGUUUUUGAUUCAUGUCGACUCAAGCCGUUCUGUGAUGGAAGUUGUUUGGUUUAUUUAUUGAAAAAGGAGAUACUUCCUUUCUUUUUUUAAAAAAACAACCUACUGUGAUCAUCUGUUUUUAUAAAAGCACUCACUGUAGCUUGCAACUUUAUGUACGAGCGUGAAUGGUGCGCAUCGGGCUUUGAACCUGUUCCAUCCUCUGUACAAAAAACUUUUCACUAUUUUUUUAAACUUUGUGGGACCUUCUUUUGUUGUUGGUUUCUGAACUGUUUGAAAGCGAGUUAAGAAUGUGUGUGUGUGUGUGUUGAAGUUGAAGAUGUAUAUUUGAAUGAAGCUCAACCAAACUUUUA